CUUUUUGUUCAUAGUUUAUACUUCCCCCCAGUCUUCACUCCUCAAAAUCCAGUGGAGGUACGUCAAAUCCUCGAAUUCAGCGAGCCAGACUCGGUCCGAGCCGAGUAGAUUUGAGUAUCCAUGGAGCUGGAAAUGAAUUCCAUGGCGGGUGCGAUCGGGGUUUCGGUCUCGGUGCUCCGGUUUCUCCUCUGCUUCGUGGCCACCAUACCCGUGAGCUUCCUCUGGAGAUUCGUCCCCGGUCGAAUCGGCAAGCACCUCUACUCAGCCUUUUCCGGGGCUCUUCUAUCCUACCUUUCAUUCGGGUUCUCUUCCAAUCUACAUUUCUUGGUCCCCAUGUUGCUCGCUUACGCUUCGAUGGUCCUAUUUCGCUCCCGAUGCGGCGUCAUCACUUUCUUCUUGGGAUUCGGCUAUCUCAUUGGCUGCCACGUGUAUUACAUGAGUGGUGAUGCAUGGAAGGAAGGGGGUAUAGAUGCCACUGGAGCGUUGAUGGUGUUAACAUUAAAAGUCAUUUCGUGUGCAAUAAACUACAAUGAUGGGCUAUUAAAAGAGGAAGACUUACGCGAGGCGCAGAGAAAAAAUAGGUUGAUUGAGUUACCCUCCUUGAUUGAGUACAUCGGUUACUGCCUCUGCUGUGGUAGUCAUUUUGCUGGUCCAGUUUAUGAAAUAAAGGAUUAUCUCGACUGGACUGAAGGAAAGGGGAUUUGGAGCCAUUCAGAGAAAGGACGGUCACCAUCACCAUAUGGGGCCACAGCUAGAGCUCUUCUCCAAGCUGCUUUUUGCAUGGCCUUGUAUCUGUACUUAGUACCUCAGUUUCCUUUGUCCCGAUUUACUGAUCCCAUAUACCAACAAUGGGGAUUUUGGAAACGGUUGUUUUACCAGUACAUGUCUGGCUUUACGGCACGCUGGAAAUAUUACUUCAUCUGGUCAAUUUCAGAGGCCUCUAUCAUUAUUUCUGGCCUGGGCUUCAGUGGCUGGACAGAAUCAUCUCCUCAAAAGCCACGCUGGGAUCGUGCCAAAAAUGUUGACGUUCUGGGGGUUGAGUUGGCAAAGAGUGCAGUGGAGUUGCCACUUGUGUGGAAUAUUCAAGUCAGUACCUGGCUGCGUCAUUAUGUUUAUGAGAGACUCGUUCAGAAGGGAAAGAAGCCUGGUUUCUUUCAGUUGCUGGCUACACAGACUGUCAGUGCGGUUUGGCAUGGAUUGUAUCCCGGUUACAUCAUCUUCUUUGUCCAGUCAGCGUUGAUGAUUGCUGGUUCAAGAGUCAUUUACAGGUGGCAGCAAGCUGGCCCUGGUCUGGUUAAGAAGAUAAUGGUGCUUUUAAACUUCGCUUACACACUUCUGGUUCUGAACUACUCCUGUGUUGGUUUUAUGGUAUUAAGCCUGCAUGAAACACUUGCCUCCUAUGGAAGUGUAUAUUUUGUUGGAACCGUUCUUCCCAUAGCUUUGAUCCUCCUUGGUAACAUAAUUAGACCUGCAAAGCCUGUCAGAUCCAAAGCUCGGAAAGAGCAGUGAGGUGAUUGUCCAGACACUUCCAAAAUUGCGAAGAAGUAAAUGGGUGUGGGAUUGAUGUGGAAAGUUGCUAAAGAAAAAAUAAUUAUCAAAGGACUUGAUUCCCAA